CCCAUGGCUGCCAGGCGUCACACCAGUUUAUAAUAAGGACCCCCAAAAAAGUUGUCGAGUGAACGGGACUGAAAGAGAGUGAAAAAACAGAACCCUUCCCACUUUCCUAAAAUCACGGGGAGUGACUGUGACAAGAGGAAGGGGACAGAGAGAGAGGGAGAGGGAGAGAGAGAGAGAGAGAGAGAGAGAGAGAGAGAGAGAGAGAGAGAGAGAGAGAGAGAGAGAGAGAGAGAGAGCUGAAGAAGCCCUCGCAGGAUUUCACCACAUUUAUUUCAGGACCAACACAGACCGGAACAGACCACAACCCGAUCACUGGACCCGGACUGAUAAUCAAUAGCUUGUAUUAGUCGCGGAGUGAGGACUCUCGGAGGAGCAUGCGGCUCGGUUUACUAUGCAGGCUUUGUGUCCUGUGGGGUUUUGUGGUGGUCACGACCUCCGUGGCCAAGACAGCCAAGAGGAAGGUGACAGGCAGACGGUCCAGACAGGUGUUUGAGGCGGAGCCUGUGGAGGGAGUGUGGUCUGUGUGGGGGGAGUGGCCUGACUGCUCGCAAACCUGCGGUGUAGGCGUGUCACAGAGAAGCAGGACGUGUUUACCACCCCCUCCUCCCAUCUCCCACCCUCCACCUAACUGGGCAGGUUAUUUGCCCGGGGGCAUCGGAGGUCCAGUCAUCUCACCUGUGCGCCCCUAUUACCUUCCUCGUUACCCCGGGCAAAACCAGCCUUAUCACUCUCCGCCGAUCUCCACCAAUCACAACCAAGGUGUGUCUCUGUAUCGGAAUACCAACCCCGGGGGAGGAGGAGAUCCGGUGCCAGGACAGGCCAAUCAAAACCCUCCUUUUUACCAGGCAGAAUUGUCCCCAACCAAUCAAGACCACGCGUCUGCGUACCGAUCGCCCUAUCACGGUCCUUCUCACGGCUACAACCAGCCAGCACGCACCAUCAGGAGGCCGACCAAUCCAGGAGCAUCGAGGGCUGCAGGAGGCGGGAGCAGAAGGUCAAUUGCUCCAAAUCGGGAGGGUUUGCCUGCGAGGAGGUCUUCCGCCAUCCGUCCUGGUCAGUUUGGGUACGGCAGGGUCCCGUUUUCUCUGCCUCUGCACCGCCCCAACCGACAGGCUCGCCACACUGUUAACGGGACUGAUGCUGAAACAUCGCCUGCGCCCAAUGAAGACGAUGCAGAGAACAACAGGAACGAGGACGAGGACGAGGACGAGGACACGGGGAGUGAUGGAGAGGACAGGAAGCCAGCGAGGCGUGAGGAUGAGGAGGUCUCUGAGGAACCUGCUGCUGAGGAGGUUCCCACAACAACCACCACAACUGGCAACCCACAACGCCAUGUUGACCGACCCCCGCAAACUAAUACAGAGCACGGGAGGGCAAGAGAGCGAGCCCCACCUUCUCACUUCUUCUCACGCUCCUCAUCGCCAGCUCUCCUACCCAAACGCCACAGGUUUGACUGGCACUCCGUCACCGCGCCGCCUCCUCCCAUCCCUCCUCUCUCCCGCCCCAACUCCCCUGCCGUCGCUCCACCUUUUUCCUCUCCUCUCCACCGCUCCAGCCCCAUGCACAGAGACAGGGAGCUCCAACCAGGCUUUAGCCCCCACGUCCCACCCACCGGCGACAUCUACCCGCUGCAGCACCCCCACAUCCCGCACCUGGGAGUGGAAUCAGGCAGAGAUGGAGGAAGAGCUGCUCCUCAAGUCAUUCGAUGCUCUGGGCCGGAGAAGGAGUACCGCAGGUGCUUCUCGCAGGUGUGUGGAGGAGGUGUGUUAGACUCCAGAGCAGAGCAGUGUGCUGCCUUUAACACCAAGGAGUUCAUGGGUCGCCUCUACAACUGGGAACCUUUCACUGAGGUUGGUGCGGACAAACAGUGCGAGCUGACCUGCAGACCUUCGGGCUAUCGUUUCUAUGUCCGCCAGGCCGAGCGUGUCAGAGACGGGACCCCCUGCUUUAACAUCAGCUCCAACGAUGUGUGUGUAGAGGGGCGAUGUCUGACCGAAGGUUGCGACGGGGUGCUGGGCUCCGGCUCUGUGAUUGACAAGUGUGGAGUGUGUGGUGGGCGGGAGAGCUCCUGUCGAAAGGUGACGGGAAGUUUCCAAAAUGUCUCGGUUCCCAUUGGUUACCACAAGAUCCUGGACAUCCCGCCAGGAGCUACAUUCAUUAACAUCACAGAAAGGCGAGCCAGCCCUAAUUACCUGGCCAUGAGGAGUGGCACAGGGGCUUCGGUGGUGAACGGGCGGUGGGCUGUGGACCCUCCUGGGGAGUACCAGGCAGCAGGGACUACUUUCACCUACACCAGACCUAGAGCACAGGCGGAGGGGGAGGAAGAGAAAGGCGAGUCCCUCGGGGCUCCAGGACCAACCACCACACAGCUACAGCUCUAUAUCAUUUUUCACAAGGAGAACCCGGGCAUCGACUAUGAGUUUUAUGUCCCCGUGGAGAAAAAGGAGGUAGAGAGGGAGAGGCUGACGGAGAAUGAGAGGGAGGCACCCAGAGAGAGGCCGAGGGAGCGAGAGCCAGGCAGGGCACCCCUUCGCAGUCCUCUCACUGUGUCGAUAGAAGAGCCUCCUCCUGCUCCUCCUCCCAUUUCGGUCCCUUCUUUCCCCUCAUCCUCCUCCACCUCUUUGUUUUCUCCCCCCUCCUCGGACCGAUUGACACCUGAGAGGUCACGUCCUCGAGGCUCUGGACCCAAUAGGAAUGCUCGGUUCCCCCCUCGCACUGACCUGCCACCGGACACUCAGCCGCCAUUUGUGUGGAGGAGAGGAGGACUCACAGAGUGCUCUGCUUCCUGUGGCAGAGGUUCUCAGAACAGAGUCAUUCUGUGUAUAAACCGACAUACAGACGAGGAAGUCCCGGAGAGGAAGUGUGACUCUGCAGCCAAGCCGGUUCCUGAGGAGGAGCCUUGUAACACACAUCCCUGCCCACCAUUCUGGGAGGCCAGUUCAUGGUCAGAGUGCAGUGUGUCCUGUGGCCCUGGGGUGCAGCAGAGGCAGCUCCAGUGCAGGCAGAGCUUUGGGAACCGCUCCACCAUGGUCCACCCGCAGCGCUGUGCCAACCUCACCCCACCAGAGUCCACACAGGCGUGUCAGAUCGGCCUCUGCUCACAUUGGGAGGUCAGCUCCGACUGGAGCGCGUGCUCUGUGGACUGUGGAGUUGGGAGGAGGACGAGGAGUGUGCGCUGCCUUAGCGAUCAGGGCAGCGUGGUGAACGAAAAAGAGUGCAACUCCAGGGCUCGCCCACAAGGAAGUGAGGAGUGCAACAUGGGCCCCUGUGUAAUCAACUGGUACUUCACUGACUUCUCCAAUACGUGUUCGGCGCUGUGUGGCCCUGGGGUGCAGAGGAGGGAGGUGGUGUGUCUGACUCGAGGAGCGGUCCGAGAGGGUGGAGGAGGAGGGGACUGUGUUGGGGAUAAACCAGCAGAGAUGAAGGCCUGCAACGGGGGUCCCUGUGUACCAACAACCAUGUGGUACAGCAGCCCCUGGACACAGUGUAAUGUCCCCUGUGGGAAUGGAACUCAGCGACGAGACAUUAUAUGUGUCCAGAAGAUAGGGAAUGAUUUUACCGUCGCACCAGCCAAUGAGUGUGCUCAUCUGGAGAAACCUGCUGCAGUCCAGCAGUGUGAGAUGGGAGAGUGUGAACCACAGUGGUUCACAACCGAGUGGAGCGCGUGCUCACGUUCUUGUGGGAAAGGCUUACAAAUGAGGGAGGUACGGUGUCUGGAGACGGAAAAAAAGCACAGCCACGAAUGUGAUUUGAGCACCAAACCUGAACGGGAGCAAAUCUGCAAUACAAUACCCUGCAGUCCACAAGUCGCAGAUGAAAACUGCCGGGACAGACGUCACAACUGUGUGGUGGUGGUUCAGGCCAGGAUGUGCGUCUACACCUACUACAAGACCGCCUGCUGUGCCUCGUGUACCCAGAGUGCUCAGCGUGCCAAGAGGCACUGACCAGCCAACCACACAUACAGCCCGGGUGUGUGAGAAGUCAAGGAUUAGGUCAAAAGCUGAUCCCCCUGAAAUACAAAGUCUGUAAAGCCCAGAAUAGGCAUACACCUUGUGGUGGCUGUGAGAUAACAUUUAGCUAAUUCCUCCUGAUUCUUCAGGUAAAACACUGUGAAAGCAGCCGGUUCCUUUUUUCCAGUUCUCUGUAUUCAAUUAAGUUGUCUUUUAGAACCACAUAUUCCACUGAGAGCGCAUCUGUUUACUUUGUAUGUUAGCUUUAACAGGUUCAUAAUGUGUCACACAAGGCUGAGUGAUGCAUUGUUGUCAUUUCUUAGGCUGAUAGAUUAUAAUGGAAGAUGACACCGCCGUGUUCCAAUAGCAAAAUUAGCCUUUUUUUUAAUGAUACUCUUUGAUAUGCAGCAACUUAAAACAAUGCAAACCACUAAUUAUGAAAAGAAACGUGCUGAACAUAUAAUAACCAUUUGUGCUAGAUACACUGUGUGUGCUGUGGUGUAUGGAAGGUCUACUGGAAUAGUGUUCCUGUACACUGCAGAACCCCAACUAAGCUAGAAAGAUGCAUUAACAUGUCGUAUGUCUAUUUCUGUCUGCCAAAAAUAUUUGCUCAAGCGUCCUCUUAUUGUUCAGUUCAGUAUUUGGACAGAUGAACCAAAGGAGUGGAGUGACCAUUACAGUUAGUGACCAAAUAUAUCAGUGCGGGAAGAAGUGAGCUUCUUCCCAAACAAGUAGGAUAAUUAGUUUGGUAAACAAGCAGCGCGGACUUUGUGAAGUCCUUUCGACAGAUUCACGUCAGUUACAGAUCUUUUUAAUGAGUGCUGUUGGAGCCGAGUUUAAAUCCACAGGUUUGAAGACUCAUAGCCGUGUUGAGUUUACUAAACUCAACACAAUGCUGCUCACUAAAUAGAAAAAAACAUUGUGUUGUUCUAUACUUUUCUUCCUGUCAACAAAUCCCAUGAAAAGACCAAACAACAAUCUGUUUGUUUGACGAUGUAAAUCUUUAAAAAAUGACUCGAUAAAUAUAUAGUUUCCUUUUUUAAGGGUCAGUGAUUUUCUUAUAUAUCUGGGAUAUUAGAAAAUGCCAUCCAAACAAGAGAAAAAGUGUUGGGGCUGUUUUCUACUGUAGAUACUGUAGAGUAUUUAUGCCACCAGGAUGGUAGAUUGACUCAAAAUAAGCGACAGUGCCCAUGUUCCUCUUAAUGAAGGAUCAUGUCAUCAUUUAUAUGUUUUAAUCUUGUUUUUGUUUUUUUAUGUCACGGGGAUUUGUGGGAUUUAUUGACAACAAGAAAAACAGAAUAUUGUGUUGAACCACAAACUUGGUGAUGCACAAGUCUGAAGAUGUAAAAAGAUUCACUAAUAGCGCCUUGACGAUUGUGUGGAGGUAUGAAACGUCUUCAUGUCUUAGAAAGGUAUUCACAAAAGCACGCACAUCCAGAUGAUAAAUUCUGGGGGCUGGACGGACGAGCGUGUAAAAAAGGGAAGAAAUAGAGUCUGCACUCUAUAUAAUGCUUCAAUAAACAUUUAAUUGAGAGUGAUAAUCAAUUAACUGUUCAUGGUAACAUUAUCUAGAGUGAAGACUGUAUUUCUUCCAUCUUUUACAUUUUUAUGUCCUCUUUUUCGCACCUCAUCUUUAAUAUCUUCUCUUUUUGCAUCCUCAUGGGAGGACACGAUGAAUCUGUCCUCUGAGAGUAGGUGAAGCCUAGGGAUCAUCCUGUUGACUGAGAAAGCUGCUUUUUUACAAUAGUCUUUUAAUAAGUUAGUUUAUGAUACAGAUCAAAUGCUUUGACCUGGAAGUAAAUAUUUUUGCAUUGUGAGGUGGCAACCUCUGUAAGUGUGUGUAGGUACUCUUUAUGUCUUUUCUCUCUUUCUCUUAUAUCGACUGUUUUUACUUGGCUCUUUUUCUUUUCCUUCACCCGCCCCCCAAGAAGACAUACACACACAUUACACCCUGCCCACUCAAAGGAGAGGAGUUUUUAUAUUUGUCAGAUAUGUUUUAAUGUCUAUAUUUUCUUGGAACAUAUUAAGCGCUUGUGUUUUAUAGAGAAGUGUUGUUGUAGACUGCAUUUAAUCACAUCUAACUGUCAUAUAACUAUUUUGCAUUUGACAAGAGAAUUUGACUUUGUCGUAGUUGUGAGGCGUGGAUGUUUGCGCGUGUGUGUCUGUGUGUUCAUGAAUGUGUGUGUAUGGUUGUGUGUUUUGCGAUCGUGCCUUUGAAUGUGUCAUUCUUGUCUCUAAUCCCUUGUCGUAAAAAUUACUUUUUAUAUAAAAACAAAAAAGAUAGUAAUUUAUCUAUUAUCUAAAGAACAUGUAAUUUAUUUUCUCGUUUUAAGAAGCUGUAGCAAUUUUUUUUGUUACCACCAGAGUUUAUAAGAAUGUUAUCGUUGGUACACAGAUUUUUUUAUCGUGCAAAAACAAAACAAAAAUGAUUAUUAUUUCAAAGCUUCAUUUUCAAUAAAAACAACACAGAAAUUAA